AUGGCGGAAAGCUCAAUUCACCGCCUCUCUCUUGAAGAAGGUCUAAUUGAGACCACGCUCCCAUCUCCCUCAGGCUCCGACCAUCAAAAGUCGUUGUCAGAGAGAGGCCGACCUUGUAGCAGUGGAUCAGAUCUCCUGACUCCCCUUGAAAAUGAAUUCUUCUUCAAAGUCCUUGGCCCAGAUCGUAUUUCACUGGCUUCUGGGGUCAUCCAACUACUCAAGGGCGUCGGAAAUCAUUGGGAGCACCACGAGUUUGGGGUCUUCUUUUUGGUUAAAGACAAACGGAGCGGGUUGAUGACUCUGACAUUAUUGGACAUUGACAAUGGAAACCUCUUGUGGGAACAACAAUUGUAAGCCGUUGGUUAUGCGCUUAGUCAACUUUGGCUGCUGAUAGCCAAAAAAUUGUCAUUGUUACAAAACACAUGACAUAACUUUCAGAUAUCGCGGGUUUUGCCUCAAACCAGUGGAAUGUCCAAACCUGCUGACUUUCGAGGGUGAUCACGAUGUCUUUGGGCUCAAUUUUUCAAACAUCAUAGAAGCAGAGAGCGUGAGAGAGCAGUUAGAAAAAAGAUACGAAACUGACAAGGAAUGGAAGGAAUGUAAGAACGGUUUUGGAAUAUUUCCGUUUAUAACUAGUAAAAAUGGCACUGCAGCGUAUUCUAGAGGCAUCCAAUUACAAUUUCCAUUCAGUUUCAGCUAAAACAAAACCAAGCGGCGCACGAGAAUCUAAGCGAAAACGGCUGCGCGAGAAAUUGAGCCGGACAAAGGCCAAGUUAAUACCACGAAAAUUCAAUAUGGUGGACCCAAUGAAUCAACCGUAAGUUCACGGAAACAUCCAUCAGACAAAUUAUUGUAUUCUAGACAGACUUCUGGACAACAACCCACUCCACCCAAAUUUUGCGAUGACCCCGAUGUAAAUGAAUGUAUCAUCGAGAUGUUAAGGGUUGCUGGAGUUGAGCCCGCAAACAUGUCAUCUACUCGAGUGGCGGCGCUUCAGCAAUUCAUCGGGCCAACGAAGAAGAAUAGGAGUAAUCCUGGGAGAGAGAGUAUAAUCAGCACAAGGAGUAGUCCAGAUGAAGGAGAAUACAGUUACAUAGAGUACGAAAAGAAGAUGAAAAAAGCCGAACAAGGAGUCUACGAAUACUUGCAAACCUAUCAAGCUCCUAUUACCACCAGAGCUGACGAAAAUAACAAAGCAAAUCGAGGAUCAACCGAAUCUCAAUCUUCAACUAGACAUCGGAACUCUACUGAUGGCGAAUUAGAUGGGACAAACGACGGCCUUCAUCCAGACUCGUCAGGAAAUACGGAGUACGAGUAUUUACGAACAUACGAAGCGCCUAUUUCAGCCAGAUCAAAAGGAGAUGACAAUGUAUUAUUGCGAUAG